AUGCGGAAGAAAAUGAGAAAGGAUACGAUGGAAUUAGGUAGUAAGAGUUGUAGCAAAUCAGAAAUUCUUGGCCAAGUUUCUGAUUGGGUCGGUGCUGAACAGAAAAGCGAUGUCGAGAUUUCCAAAACAAUCCCUCAAACGACACUGAAACUGAAUAGCAGUGACAAUAUCGCCUCAGAAAAAGCUAAUGUUGCAGUUAGUAAUGUGCAGACAUUAAAUUGGGAUUCGUCGGUGAAUAAUUGGAUGGAUUACGAAAAUGAAAAUCAUCGUGAUUCGGGUACAAGUAGCAGUGAUGGGAUGCCUACUUCAGAUCCUCCUACCUCAUCUACUACCUCAACCAACAUUAGUAUUUUUGAUGCACUUUUACAGGCAAUUGAUCGGAAUGAGAUAUCGAGCAAGCCUGAUCUAGAAACACGAUUAAAAAUUAUGAAUUGGCUAUGUGCCACGGAGGAAAUCAACAAAAUCGUAAGUCUUCAUUUAAAUUUUUGUGAUUUCUUUUUGAAAUUCUGCAAUUCUCUAGAUCCAACGGUUAUAGAAAUAAACAUCACAGUGUAUAUCAUCGAUCUUAGUUAUAUUGAGUCCUCAAUGAGACACUUUUAG